AUGGCCGAACAAAAGACUCCUGCCGGCAAGGUUCACGCUGUCAUUGACUACGAAGAUCGCUAUGUGCAGCCCUUAAUACUGGCUGCCCUCAAGGCGCGCAUGCCGGCCGACGUCUUGGUCUUGACGCACAACAUUUCAGACGUACCUGCUUCGGAUGCAAAGUUAUUACAAUGGAAGCAAUACGAAUCUCUGGAUCUGGACCAUGUGAUGGAGAAUUCUCAGACAAGCUUGAUGAAUUCAUACAUCAUCAGAAAAGCUCUCAUCAGAAAGCAUUACCUGUCUACCACUGUAUCCCAUUGGUUGACCAAGAACCCCGAAUCUUGUCUGCGAAAGAAUGUCAAGCCCAGUGUUGAAUUUGAGUUGGACUUUGCUGAAUUCCUGGAUGAUGCUUUGGUCGAGGCUUUUGAACUUAGAGAAAGCUUCGAGCAAAAUGAAGGACUUGAAGACUCGGAGAAGCAAUGGUGGAUCCUGAAACCUGGAAUGAGCGAUCGUGGACAGGGAAUUCGUCUUUUCAACUCUGAAGAGGACUUGACUGCGAUUUUUGAGUCUUGGGAGGAAGACAGCGAUGACGAGGAAGCUGAGCUCUCCGGUGACGAAGACGAACAAAAGGUAGACGAUGAGGAGGAUGAAGGUAAUGGCUUGAUCACAUCUCAACUCCGACACUUUAUCGCACAGCCAUACAUCCACCCGCCUCUGUUGCUUCCAAGUCCUUUCGCCUCGGCAAACCGCAAAUUCCACAUUCGCACCUAUGUUUUGGCAGUAGGAGCCUUGAAGGUCUUCGUUUACAAGCCUAUGCUUGCUCUGUUUGCUGGCAAGACAUACACUGCUCCUUGGGAGAGUGAAGACCCCAACGAAGAACUUGCAAGUCACCUCACAAACACAUGUAUGCAAACUGGAGAACGCGAAGGAAGCGUGCACGCUUUCUGGUCCUUGCCUGACGAUGUUCCUGGCUUGCCGUCUGACUGGAAGCAAAACACUUUCGACCAGAUCUGUAAGAUUACCGGCGAAGUAUUCGAGGGAGCCGCCAGGGGCAUGAUGGUCCACUUCCAACCUUUGCCCAAUGCUUUUGAACUCUUUGGUGUCGAUUUCAUGCUGGAUGCAGAAGGAACUCCCUACCUGCUCGAGAUCAAUGCUUUCCCUGACUUUGCUCAGACUGGAGAUGAGCUCAACAGUAUUGUACAGGGACUCUUUGAGGAGGUAGUCGAUGUGGCCAUCAAGCCUUUCUUCGGCCUGGCGACAGAAGAGGAGUCGGCAUCGCAAAGAGAGCGCAUGGCUUUGGCACUGGAUAUCGACUUGGGCAGGAACUAA